AUGAGAUUCGUUUUGAUCGCCGUCCUCGCAUUCCAUCUGCUCCUGUCCUGUUCCUCCAGUAUCAUCUCCUCUCCAGAGGCUCGCCGGCCGUCGCUCCUGCAUGCUGCGGGUCGGGGUCUGGAAGAAGCUUCCCGCCAAGCAGCUUCCCGCCCGAGGAGGAGGCAGCAGAAGAGGUGGAAGUGGGUACUAAUAGGCGCCGAGCAGGAGGAUGUGUUCUCAAUCACUCUAAGAGAGGUUCAAGGAGCGGCAGCAGGAGCAGCUGGAGCAGCAGGAGCAGGAGCAGGAGCAGGAGCAGGAUGCACGGAGACGAGGAAGGUAGCAGGGUUCGAGCUGAGGGAUACUAUGAGGGAGGGCUGGACGCGAUGCCUGACGGCAACUUCCUGCUCCGGGAGAGAAGUGGUCUUGUCCUCGGGACGGCAGAUAAACGUCACGGCGUUCGAGCGCUUCGUGGAAGAGGAGCUGGAGGGGAAGGAGGGGCACCUGAUUGUGUUGGUUGACACUACCUCGAACUUGCUGAGCUUGAGCGCUGAGAUCAAGAGAAGAAUCGUGAAGCUUUUGUGCGAUCCUUCAAGCAUGGUUGUCGCCUGCCUUACAGAGGACUCAACGAGGAUGCUGGUGUCUUGCGAGGAACUGGACGCGCAAUGCGUCCUGGUCGCUCAGUCUCCCACCAUGUUCAGCUCUCUCGCCCAGUUCUCCCUCCUUCAGGAGGAGACCAUGGAGUGGAGCAAAG